UUUUCUCAUGAUUAUUUAGUUUUGUUUCUUCUGCACUCACUUUUAUUUCUGAUACACGCGACUCACUCUUCAGACAAGAGUCCUAACUUUACAGUUCUUCCACUUGCCGGGCUUGCACUCCAUCACUGCACUCCUGUACUUUCUGUUGUCUUGGAGCCUGCAUCUGCUGCAGAUCCAGACGAUAUAGUCCGACUCGAGCGUGGCCUCCGAUUACUUGAGAGAGCCGAUUCCUGUGCUGAGGUCAAGAUCACUAGUCGAGGCGAAUACUUGCUUCAGGCUGCUGGCGAGAUUCAUUUGCAAAAGUGUCUCGAAGACCUGACGACUCAUUUUGCCCCCGAGGUCGAGUUACAUGUCUCUCCUGUGGUGGUGCCUUUUCGCGAGACUGUAACUCAGGCUUGUCUGCCUCCCCUUCGUAUGCCUGCAGCUGACGCCUCCCUCCGACUUGCUCGCCAGCGUCUUGAGACUGCUAUACGCGCUAUUACUCAAGCCUUCAGUAGCGCAUUGCCGCCUCAUCGGCAGAGCGCCUAG